AUCUGUUCAAGGAUAAGACUGAGUUUGUUGUUACUCAUCUGUCGAUCUUAAUGUUGUUUGUCAUUGUUUUCAUUACUUACCUUCAGCUAAUUUUAAGUCAACACAAAUACUCAACUUGCAAGGAGUAGUACUUAACAAAGGGGAACUAAAGAGGAGCAUCAUCAUAUAUUUAAGCUGCCUCUCUUUCUGAUUUUAUGGUAAUUUAUCUCUUACAAUGCCUGCUUUCGCUCAAUGUCUUAGCAGUUUGCAUUUUGUGACAUGAUGGGCCGUUUGGAUAAGCUUAAUAAAAGUGUUUCUUGCUUAAAUUAGAGAAACUGAUUAGAAAUGAGAAGUAAAUUACGACUUAUAAGUGAUUAAACAGUUUGGAAAAGAACUAGAAGUCCUGAAACAAAAGGUAGCAUUCUCAGCUUCUUGUAAGUGUUUCUGGCUUUUUACACAAACGAGUCAAGAAAAGUAGAUGGCGGCUUCCUAUCGGAAAAUGCCGGAAGUAGCGUUUCCCAAACAGGCACGAUGUUGUGGUGAUUGUAUAUGAUUUGAAAUCUAGAGCUACAAGAUAUAAGCCGUAGAUUGCAUCAGCCGGAGAAAUUAUUGUAUUGUAUUGUGUAUUAAAUUUGAUAUAUUGUUAUGGAACAUAAACCGGAUGUGUUGAUGGAGCGCUAUGAGUUGGGGAGACUUUUAGGGAAAGGCACCUUUGCCAAGGUCUAUUUUGCAAGGAACAUUAAAACUGGCAUGACUGUUGCCAUUAAGAUGAUCGACAAAGAAAAGGUUAUGAAGGUUGGGAUGAUUGAGCAAAUUAAAAGAGAGAUUUCAGUCAUGAGAUUGGUUAAACACCCCAACAUAGUGCAGCUUUACGAAGUUAUGGCUAGCAAAUCCAAGGUUUAUUUUGUAAUGGAACAUGUUAGAGGUGGUGAGCUGUUUAAUAAGGUGUCGAAAGGAAAGCUUAAUGAAGAUGCUGCAAAGAUGUAUUUUAAGCAGUUGAUUAGUGCUGUAGAUUUCUGUCAUAGUAGAGGAGUGUAUCACAGGGAUUUGAAACUAGAGAACAUAUUGUUAGAUGAGAAUGGGAAUCUUAAGGUCACAGAUUUCGGAUUGAGUGCUCUUGCUGAAUCAAAGCGUCAAGAUGGAAUGCUUCACACGACGUGUGGGACGCCUGCUUAUGUUGCUCCAGAAGUGAUUGGUAAAACAGGUUAUGAUGGAUGUAAAGCUGAUAUCUGGUCAUGUGGAGUGAUUUUGUAUGUUCUUCUGGCUGGAUAUCUCCCAUUCUAUGAUUCUAAUUUAAUAGAAAUGUAUAGGAAGAUUGUCAAGGCAGAGUUCAAGUAUCCCAGUAAAUUCCCAAUAGAAGCACGCAGUUUAGUAUCAAAGAUGUUGGAUCCGGAUCCGAGUACCAGAAUAUCCAUAACCAAGAUUAUGCAAAAACCUUGGUUCCAGAUAGGGUUCGACUCCAACACCAGAAAAGCUGAGAAAGCAGAAAAAGAGCCUGAUGUUUUCAGCUGUUUAGAGAGUUGCAGCAACUUAUUAGAACGAAUACCAGAACGUGACAAGCUAGGUGACCUAAAUGCUUUUGAUAUCAUCUCCCUUUCAGCAGGCUUUGACUUGUCAUGUCUGUUUGAGAAGAAGUAUCAAAAGAAGGAAGUAAGGAUAACAUCCAUGCAGCCACUCGAGACCAUCGUUUCUACGUUUGAAGACAUAGCUAAAAAGCUAAGAUUGCAACUAACUAAGGAAGGAGGUAUGUUGAAAAUGGAAGGGUCAAGAGAAGGUCGAAAAGGUGUCUUGUCCAUUUAUGCAGAAAUCUUUGAGAUUACACUAAAUUUUCAUCUGGUUGAGGUGAAGAAGGCAAGGGGAGAUAGCUUGGAGUAUUUGAAGGUGGUGACAGAGGACAUAGAGCCAGCACUGAAAGACAUUAUCUGAACUUGGCAGGGUUACCUAUCAAAAUCUAACCAGCAGUAAUAAGAAACAGUACAUCAGAGGAAUUAUGAAAUAUUGUGAUAAUGGUCCGUUCGUUCAUACGAGCUUGUAACACUUAAGUUCUGUGCAUGAGUGCUUCCAUCGCAGGCUUGUGGAUAGCUUCCUUAUCUUUAUAGGAAAUCUUUAUGCAGCCACUAUAUUGUGAUGUAAUCUAAAUAAGUUUGCAGUGGCAGAUGCUCUGCCCUUGCGUUUUGAGACAUUUGGUGGCCAAUUGAAUACAAUGACAAUCAGGACCCAAUCGUCUAUUUCGUAUUUCUCCAUUCAUUCAUCCAUUGAUAGGCUACCUAAUCAAUCAACGGAACAUAUAAGAGUAUGAUAUCCCUUGAGUAGUUAUAUUUACUCGAAAUUAUACUUUGACUUGUCGAAGUUAACAUAUUUCUAAGCCAUUCAACAAACAUUGGCAGCGUUUUGGAAGCCAGGUAUGGGUGUAUACAAUAAAUAGCUUAAAGCCAACCUCUUUUUAUUUCAGUUUUAUCAUGAAGUUGAUGUUAGGAGGGUUAUGGAUGGCUGCCCAUGGUCGUUUUACAGAAGAGCAUUGGUUAUGUCUCGGAUGAAGGAAGGGAAUAAUUUACGUUGCGUUGAUUUGAACUCCAUGUAUCUGUGGGUUCAAAUCUAUGAUCUUAAGGCAGGAAGGAAGUUGAUACUUAUAUUGGCAAGUUGUGGCCUCUGCUUCUAGUGAUUUCGUGGGAGUUUGGAGAGAUUGUUUAUGUGUGCGUGUUAUCAUAGAUGACACUAAACCUCUCAAACGCAGAAUGGAAGUUAGAAAUGCAGGAGGGGAGUGGGUUUUGUAUAUCGUUCCAAGUAUGAGAACGUCCCUACCUUUAAUUUGUUUUAUUUGUGAUGUCCCGGGACACUGAGAACUUCUGUAGUCGUUUAUUUGUAACACCAGAAUGAAAAAUUGUUAAACCU